GUUCGCUGUGAACAAAACAAAGUCAUAAAAUGGCUGCCACACGUGUAACUGCAGUUCUUCUGAUCAUCGUUCUUGUUAUGUGUCAUGGAUGUACCGCUGCAAGACGUCCAAAGAAACCCAUACCUACAACAACACCAAUGCCCAUGGAAACCACCGAAGCCCACGUUGCCCCAAAGCAACCAGGUACUGACACUAUGAUUUAUCAUAUGUCCAGAACCAACGAUCGUUGUGAAUGUGGUGCCUUCAAGUCGCCGAAGAAGAGUGUCGAAACCCCUCUGUAUUAUCAGACAGCAAUGCCAAACUUUAACUGCGAUGAGGCCAAGUGCAAAGAGAUGUGCCUAGCCCUACCAGCGUUCAAUGCCAAUCGUGGAGUUGAAAUCCUCUGUGCUCAUGUCAAUUCAGCGAUUGGUCUAAGACCCGCAGUUCAUUAUAAAAACUGCAACGAUAAUUGGUUGUAUGCGGGCAACACCCGCAAAGACCCCAUUUGCUGCGAAGGCGGUAAAUUGGUGACCUGUUAACCAUCCGUUAUCAAAACAUUGUAUUAAUCGUGUAACUAAAUCCGAUUCUAAAUACAUUCUUCAAAUGCAA